CAUAUUCUGGAAACGGGCUCUGCCUUUGAAGGGCUCAGUCCGCUGUGCAAAUACAGGGGGAGGAAGAGGAGUUGGAUUGGUGAUGGGAGUCUAACUUUGGGCAAAUCAGCUGAAGAGGAGUUUCUAAUUGAAUUCACAAUGGUAUUUGCUUCUAAUUCUCUGGCAUGAGCAUAGCACUUGUCCCUGAAGGAUACCAGGUGCUUGAGACAGAGUAGGAAAUGCAGCAAAUGUCAGUGUGAGGUUUCUGUCUUCGGAGUGUGGAGCUGUGAACUUACAAGCAAGACUGUAAAGUUAAAAGAAAGUUGUUCAACUCGCCUUUCUUCAGGAGAAACCUCGUGAGCUUCUUUGCAACAGCUAGACAUCCCUCACAUCAAGGAGAAGGAUGUGAAGAAGGAGGUGAUUGUAGAAUUGUGAUUGUACCAGCUACUUGGGAUGAGCGCUGGUGCUGGAUCUCCCCGUGCGGCUGGAGCACAUUGACAGCCUGGAUGUUUUGUGGGGGCUUUCCUUCAUCCUAAACAGUGCAGGACUGUUAGUUUGGAUAUAGUUAUUUUGGAUAAAACAGUAAAAUAGUGACAGUUUUUCGCCUUUUUUUAUUUGCUUAAAAUGUCAGUUGCUAGUCUGACCUGCUUGUGUGAGGAGCUGUGACUUCUUUAUUCAUACUGAUCAUACUGAAAGUAGGCUGAAGCUGUGGCAAGAUGUCCUCUCUGCUGGAUGCAGCAUGCUAGGAGCUGAGAGCGUGUUGCAGCUUCAUGCAGAAGAUAUCUUGGUAUUUUCAGUGCAUUAACUGCAACUGAUCUUUCUUCUUUCUUUCUAAUGGAACUAGAUACUGGUUCCUGAAGAAAGGCAUAUACAAUACAAAUAACUGCACUGCACGCUCUUCCAGGACUUUAAAUCUGAGGGCUUUUUCAUCAUUUUUGAUAUCAUCUGAAUUUGACAAAGUAUUUUCAUGCUCCAUUGACAUUUAAAAACAAAAUCAGAGUGUUUUCCAGUGUGUUAGAAGAGAGUAAUUCUAAAGAGGAGAUCUUUUAUUUUCUUUGCUGAAGAUACACCCAUGUUUCAACGCCGCCUUUUAAGGGAAGGACAUGAAAGUCCUCUUAGGAUCCUACAAAGAUUCUUCCAAAUCCCUCAUGGCAGAAGACACUCAAGAAAUAACCCACAUCAAAUAUGCUCUGAUGAAAUCAUGCAUCAGGAUAUCAUUCCCCUCUAUGCUGCAGAUAUUCAGGACCAAUUAAAGAAACAAUUUGCUUAUCUGUCAGGUGGAAGAGGGGGAGAUGGCUGCCCUGUUAUCACCUUUCCAGACUAUCCAGCUUUCAGUGAGAUUCCUGAAAAAGAGUUUCAGAAUGUCCUGACCUACCUGACAAGCAUUCCAAGUUUACGAGAUGCUGGAAUUGGAUUUAUUCUUGUCAUAGAUCGCAGACAGGACAAAUGGACCUCCGUGAAAGCUUCCAUCCUGCGGAUAGCAGCAUCUUUCCCAGGAAACCUGCAAUUAGUCCUUGUUCUGCGCCCAACAGGAUUUUUUCAUCGAGCUCUCUCGGACAUUGCUUUCAGAUUCAACAAAGAUGAGCUUAAAAUGAAAGUACCUAUCAUAAUGCUGGGCUCAGUGUCAGAACUGCAGGGUUACAUUGAUAAGACACAAUUAACAGAAGAUCUUGGUGGCACCCUGGAUUACUGCCACAACAGAUGGCUGUCCCGUCGCACUGCUAUAGAAGGUUUCGCCCAAAAGGUUAAGCAAACAGCUCAGAUUCUUCAGUCCUUUGGGACUGAGCUGGCUGAAACAGAACUACCAAAUGAUGUGCAAUCAACCAGCUCCCUUCUUGCAACACACACAGAAAAGAAGGACAAAAUGAAGGAGGAUAUCAGGGUAGCAGUAGAACAGGGAGAUGAUAUCCUUGGAAGUAUUACAAAACCAGUUACUGAGAAUCCUGAUUACAAACUGAAUCAAGAUCAGCUAGACAAUCAAACAACAGUAGAAAGGCUACUGGCUCAAUUACAUGAAACAGAGACCGCCUUUGAUGAGUUUUGGGUGAAGCAUCAGCAAAAACUAGAGCAGUGUCUGCGCCUCCGGAAUUUCGAACAGAAUUUCAGAGAGGUCAAAGCAGCUUUGGAUAUUGUGUCUGAGAGACUGUCUGCUUUCACAGAUGUGGGAAACAGCCGUUCACACGUGGAGCAUAUUUUGAAAGAUCUUGCCAACUUUAAAGAAAAAUCAGAUGAAACUGUAAGAAAAGCCAAAAUGUUAGCCUCAGAGCGUGAUGCUUUUAUUCAAAGCAAUCAUUAUGCUGUGGACUCCAUUAUUCCAAAAUGCAGUGAACUUCAUCAUCUCUGUGAUGCCUUCACUACUGAGACAGAACGGAGGAGAAAACUUCUUAACAAAUCUCUGGAACUGCAUGAUUUACUAGAGAAGUCUAUGAAGUGGUGUGACGAAGGAAUUUACCUGCUGGCUUCCCAGCCAGUAGAUAAAUGUCAGUCUCAGGAUGGUGCAGAAUCAGCGUUACAGGAGAUUGAGAAGUUCCUGGAUACUGGUGCUGGCAAUAAAAUCAAGGAGUUGAAUAAAAUUUACGAAGAGUAUGCACACAUCCUCAAUGAAGACCUAAAGGAUCAUGUGCAAAAGGUUUUCCAGAAGCAAGAAGGUAUGGAAGAAAUGUUUCAAAAGCGGCAAGUAAGUCUUAAGAAGCUGGCAGCUAAGCAGACACGUCCUGUUCAGCCAGUUGCUCCAAGACCUGAAGCAUUUGUAAAAUCUCCUUGUACAUCUCCAGGUCUUCAAAGAGAAAACGUGUCCAACUCAGAAAGCAGCGCACUUCGGAGGGUAAACUACAGAAAAGGAAAGAGUGAAAUGACUGAACUCCAUCAAAGCAGAGGAGGAUCUACAAUGGAUGAUGAAGAAAACCUAGCUGUGUUACGACAGCAUGUAAUGAAUGAACUUAUCGAGACUGAACGAGCAUAUGUGGAAGAACUUCUCUGUGUUCUUGAGGGUUAUGCUGCAGAGAUGGACAACCCCUUAAUGGCUCAUCUCAUUCCACCAGAACUGCAAAAUAAGAAAGAUAUCUUGUUUGGGAAUAUGGAAGAAAUUUAUCACUUUCACAACAGGAUAUUCUUGAGAGAACUAGAAACCUAUGUGGAAUACCCAGAACUAGUAGGACGGUGCUUUCUGGACCAGAUGGAAGACUUCCAGAUUUAUGAAAAAUACUGUCAAAAUAAACCUCGAUCUGAAAGUUUGUGGAGGCAGUUUUCAGACUCUGUAUUUUUCCAGGAAUGUCAAAGGAAACUCGACCACAAGCUCAGUUUGGACUCAUACUUGCUGAAACCUGUUCAAAGAAUAACUAAAUACCAACUAUUGCUAAAGGAAAUGCUGAAGUACAGUAAGAACUGUGAAGGUGCUGAAGAUCUUCAGGAAGCACUAACAUCUAUUCUGGGCAUUCUUAAAGCAGUUAAUGAUUCUAUGCACCAGAUAGCCAUUACAGGCUAUGAUGGAAACCUGAAUGAGCUGGGCAAGCUUUUAAUGCAGGGAUCCUUCAGUGUCUGGACUGAUCAUAAAAAGGGUCACACAAAGGUGAAAGAUUUGGCACGCUUCAAGCCAAUGCAGCGACACCUCUUCCUCCAUGAGAAAGCAGUGCUGUUCUGUAAAAAGCGAGAAGAAAAUGGAGAGGGAUAUGAGAAAGCACCUUCUUAUAGCUACAAACACUCCUUAAAUAUGGCUGCAGUUGGAAUAACAGAAAAUGUCAAAGGUGAUGCAAAAAAAUUUGAAAUCUGGUAUAAUGCAAGGGAAGAAGUUUACAUUGUACAGGCACCAACCCCUGAAGUUAAAGCUACUUGGGUAAAUGAAAUAAGAAAAGUGCUAACAAGUCAACUGCAGGCAUGCAGAGAAGCUAGUCAGCACAGGACACUAGAACAAACACAGAGCUUACCUCUACCACUACCAGCAUCAUCUUGUGCAAGUCCUUCACGGAACCACAUCAGAAAUACCAAAAAAAUGGAGGAGAAAAAAGCUGAUCUCACAAGUCUAGAAGGUUGUGGCACUACAGUAGCACCAAAGUAUCCCGAGAAAGGCAAAGAAACUCCAUCUCCUUCUGCUAAAAGCCAGACAUUGCCAAUGAUCCUCCUUACAGGACCAGCUUCUCCUACCAGUCCUGACAAAAAAGCCAAACGGCACGAAGUAGUGAGUGACCCAACUCCUUUUGGUUCAAGAGGUUGGGCCAAACCAUCCCAUUCUCUUGAUGCAUCCGAAGAAAAUGACGGCUGGUCUAGUGCUGAAGAGCCGCUGAAUUCAUCGGAUGCGGAGGAAGAAGGAGGAGGAGGGGCAGGCGAGAUCAAGCUGACUCCUGGUAAAUAUACAGUUGUGACUGAUUAUGACAAAGGAGUUUCUGAAGAAUUUACAGUGAAAAGUGGAGAUCUAGUUCAACUGAUUCGUGAAGGGGAGGAUGGACUUUGGUUUGUAAAGAACCUGAGCAGUGGUAGAGAAGGUUGGAUUCCAGCAAACAAUCUGCUGAUGCUCAUAGGCAACUCAAAAUCAGCUCAGUCUUUAAGCAGCUCUGGUAGGCAAUGUAUUUUAAAAUCAGGCACUGCCUCCAGCAAUUUGAGCACAUCAUCAAGUUGCAGUGAUAGCUGCAAUGUCAGUAGCACCAGCUUCUCUGAUAUUAAGGGCUAAUAUGACAUGUUCAUCCCGCCUCCCCGGAAGGUAAAUCUGGAGAUUGUCAUUUGCUGCAGAGUUCUGGACAUAGGACUUCAUUGGAGAACCACCAGUACUGUGUUGCCAGCUCUGAAUAUUUUUAGUGGUGACUUUUACAGGUUCUCCCAGAAGAUCCCAGUGAGAAGUGCAUGGAAUGUGAAGUUGUAAAUAAAAGUUAAAUGAUUUGAAAUAGGAUUUUGUAGAGGUUUCUGCUCUGAAGAGCUGUUAGCAUCAAGCGCGUUUUCUCCUUGACACACGAUCAGGUUCCUGCAGAACUGUAUCUUUUUGUAACAGCCAGAAUCUGAAUGUGAGCAAACAAAAUGUGUUCAAUGCUAAAUGCUCAUUGUAAACAAGUAACAUAGCAAUCACUGUACAGGAUAGGUAUGAGGAAAAUAAAUCCAAGUUUACAAUUUCUUCUCCACAAGAAACCCUUUCUCCAAGGACAUACCUCGGUCAGUGCAGUGAAUGGGACUCCUAUGGCAACGAGGAAAGAGGUUUGGUCAACCCUUUCCUCUUGGAUUUUCAGGAUAUUCUUCUGCUCCCUAGAGGCUGGGAUGCAGACAUGACCAAUCCACUGGCCACAGCAACAUCAAGAGAAACUAUUACUUUUUCCCUUCCAACAUUUUAGUGACAUGUGCAAUAGAAGAGCCCUUUUUUUUGUUCGGCCUCACAACCAAAUUCUUUACUAAGAUCACUGUUUACAUAGCCUUGGCAAUUUAGUAGUAUAUUUUUCCUUAUGCAGGUGCACAAUGAAACACAAAUGUUCUUAUUCACUAAAUGAUUUUUUAAUAAAUAGUAAUUGCAUGGUUACUUUCAGCUCUCACAACAUGCAGUUACAGGCAGAGGAAACUAUUGUAACCGCACUAUGGGUCAAUAGCCAUCCUUCAAACAAACUUAGGAGGGCUGGAAAUCCAACAUAUUUUUAGUCCACAGUGUUUGUUCCAGAUUAAUUGAUAAAAAAUCCCCAAUUACAUAAUUUUUCUAUAAAAGUGGAGCACAGGAGGAAAAAAAAAGUCAGAUUUAUGCUACAGAUGAGUAUUUUAAAGUUUUUUAAAUUAAGGGUGAUGCUAAAUUUGCCAUUUUUCAGGGUAUGAUGCAAGCCAAUGUUGUAAAUUUUCACUUUGUUAGACAUUCUUUACACACCAUCCUUACAAACAGUACAAAACUAAGUGCAUAUAUAGAAUACUGUAUUCAUUCUUGUCCAUCUCUCAAAUACUUUUGCUUAUAAGAAAACACGUUUUUAACUGAUUAAUGUACCAUAUUAUUAAAAAUAAUGGGGACAUGAAGAGCAUAACUUUUCAGAAGCACUAAGCACAGCAGAUUAUGUCAGUGGGAACUGCUGUUAACCAUCAGACUCACUGAUGGCUGAGCCCUGAAUUCUAUCUUCAUGCCAGAAUUUUAUGUCUUAGAGGCUUCAGAUUAGAAAUCUUAAAUGACAAACACUUCUAAGAAUGAUGCAGAAGCAACCCUAUCCCAGAGGCAAUCAAAAUGCAGCUGACCAUGGUCAGACAAAUUGAAGCAUGUAUAUACACACACAUAAAUGUAUGCACAUACAUAUGUGCAUGUACAUGCUUGUGUGUAUGUAUCUGCAUGUGUAGAUAUGUAUAUGUGUGUAGAUAUGAUGUAUCAAUGUAAAAGAUGUAUUUAUAGUCCUCAUGCUGCUGAAUGUGUCACUUUACAAUUCAUAAAUACUUAGUUUUCUUGCAGUACUGCAAUAUAAAUGCUGAUCAGGGUUUUACUUCAGGCAUCUUUUUCAACACGGAAAUCCUCUGAUCUUUUUUUUUAUUAUUCCAUAUAAUACUGUGCUGGCCAGGAAUAUUUAGUCUGAUAUUUAACAAUGGAAUAGCAACAUGAAAUUCAGCUUAUCUUCAUCUAUGUAAGUUAUUUUGUAAAUUAUCUGUAACAUAAUUUACUUAUAUAUUGCUGUCAUUGCUUGGAUGAGACUGUUGUUUCUUUUCUCACUGCAGCCUAAUUUGUGUUACUUCAAUGGUUUUUCCACAUCAUUGCACUUUAAUACAACCCAUUUCACCAUUUCCUUUUUUACUGCUGUUGUGAAUUAGAAGUUCAAAGUCAGAGGUCUCUACUGUAAUUAAUUUGAAUAAAUUUCAGCGCUUCUUGCUGAAUGCCUUUA